CGCGGAGAGGGGGAAGGAAAAGGACCCCACAGAGGCGAGAGCGAGCGAAGAGGAGGAGAGAAGGGAGCAACCUACCAUCUUCCACUCCCCGCUUAGCUUAAAGAAAGUGAGAGGAGGAGAGAGAGAGAGGCGCCCAGAAGAGGGGGACAGGGAGGCCCAGAGGAGCGGCGGCGCCGGCACCCUCCCCCUAUGAAGAAGAGUCCUCCCCCUCACAGAGAGGUCCUGCCAGGGGGACCCCGGCCGGCCCGCAGCAGCACCGCCGCCGCCAGCAGGCGCCGGGAAAAUUCCGUUUCUUCAGCAACUUGUUAUUCCGGAGCCGGGCCUGCCCCCCUCGCCCUGGGGCUGCCCUUCCCGCACAGGAGGGGGUAGAGAGCUGAAAGGGAUAACUUACUCAAAACUGGACUGGUGUUAAAGAGGAAAACAGAAACUAAAGGCACUGGAAUCAGCAAAGACACUUCUAGAAAAAGUGGAGAAGGUAGAGAAUGGAGCUGCAGACUCUACAGGAGGCUCUGAAAGUGGAAAUUCAGGUUCACCAGAAAUUGGUUGCCCAAAUGAAGCAAGAUCCACAGAACGCUGAUUUGAAGAAACAACUUCAUGAACUUCAAGCCAAAAUCACAGCUCUGAGUGAGAAACAGAAAAGAGUGGUGGAACAGCUUCGAAAGAAUUUGAUAGUGAAGCAGGAACAACCAGACAGUAAAUUUCAAAUACAGCCAUUGGCACAGUCAGAAAACAAACUACAGACACCACAGCCACAACCACUACAACAGCUACAGCAGCAUCACCAUCAACAGCAGCAACAGUCCACGGCACCCUCUCCAAACGUGAUAGGAUCACAGAAAACUGUAACUACAGCUUCUAUGAUCACCACUAAGACACUACCUCUCGUCUUGAAAGCAGCAACUGCGACCAUGCCUGCCUCUGUUGUGGGUCAGAGACCUACCAUUGCCAUGGUUACUGCUAUCAACAACAAUCAGAAAGCAGUCCUCAGCCCUGAUGCGCAGAAUGCACCAGUCAACCUCCAGACAACAAAUAAGGUCACUGGGCCAGGAGCUGAGGCAGUCCAAAUAGUGACAAAAAACACUGUAACUUUGCAGGUUCAGGCUACGCCUCAGCCCAUAAAAGUGCCGCAGUUCAUCCCUCCUCCCAGACUUACUCCUCGUCCAAAUUUUCUUCCACAGGUUCGACCUAAACCGGUUGCCCAAAAUAACAUUCCUAUUGCCCCUGCACCUCCUCCAAUGCUCGCAGCUCCUCAGCUUAUUCAGAGGCCUGUGAUGUUGACAACAAAGUUCACACCCACCUCUUUACCCAACUCUCAGAACUCCAUACAUCCAGUUCGUGUAGUUAACGGGCAGACAGCAACCAUAGCCAAAACUUUCCCUAUGGCACAGCUCACCAGCAUCGUGAUAGCAGCACCAGGUACCAGGCUCGCUGGACCUCAGACUGUACAGAUCAGCAAACCAAACAUUGAAAAACAGGUACAGGCUAUUAAACCACACGUGGAAACAGAAGAGAAGCAAACAGAAAGUCGUACAGUUACUCCACCUGCUGCACCGAAGCCAAAACGAGAAGAAAAUCCACAGAAACUUGCCUUCAUGGUGUCCCUGGGCCUAGUUACUCAUGACCACCUGGAAGAAAUCCAAAGUAAGCGACAAGAGAGGAAAAGAAGAACAACAGCAAAUCCAGUGUACAGUGGAGCCGUUUUUGAGCCUGAGCGCAAGAAAAGUACAGUGACGUACCUGAACAGCACAAUGCAUCCCGGGACACGUAAAAGAGGUCGUCCACCUAAAUACAACACGGUGUUGGGGUUCGGGGCUUUGACCCCCACGUCCCCUCUGUCCAGUUAUCCUGACUCCCCUGAAAAUGAAAAGACAGAGACCACAUUUACUUUUCCCGCAGCUGUUCAGCCUGUGUCCCUGCCUAGCCCCAGCUCCACAGACGGUGAUAUCCAUGAGGAUUUUUGCAGUGUUUGCAGAAAAAGCGGGCAGUUGCUGAUGUGUGACACAUGUUCACGUGUUUAUCACCUGGAUUGUCUGGACCCACCUCUGAAAACCAUUCCUAAGGGCAUGUGGAUCUGUCCCAAAUGUCAAGACCAGAUGCUAAAGAAAGAAGAAGCAAUCCCAUGGCCAGGAACUUUAGCAAUUGUUCAUUCAUAUAUUGCAUAUAAAGCAGCAAAAGAAGAGGAAAAACAGAAACUACUUAAAUGGAGUUCAGAUUUAAAACAGGAAAGAGAACAACUAGAGCAGAAGGUCAAACAGCUCAGCAAUUCUAUAACAAAAUGCAUGGAAAUGAAGAAUACCAUCCUUGCAAAACAGAAGGAGAUGCACAGCUCCUUGGAGAAGGUAAAACAGCUGAUCCGCCUCAUCCAAGGCAUCGACCUUUCAAAACCCAUAAACUCUGAGGUCAAUUCAGUAGCCAUCUCCAACGGCAUGGACUCCACUAACAAUACUAAUGCUGCCACCUCCACCUUAGCCCCCUCCCCUUCCCAGAGCUGCAUGGUGAACUGUAACAAGGGCGAUGAGACUAAAUAACACAGUGAAGUUAAGAAGGAGCCAAGGGAGGUGGCGGCGAGGAGAAAGAGCAAAAUAAAGAAACUCUAGAAAAGCAAAACUGGA